CUGCAUCGUACGCGUGUGCAGCGCGUCUGGAACCAAGACAUCACGACUCCGCUGAUGAAGAGCUUCAUUUCGCUCAUUGACGUCACUUGCCCCUCGUGAUCGGCAGUGGCCACAGCAGCACCCUCACAAAGCUGCCAAAACAACGCAUACGCUACCAGUGAAACACCCUGACUCAGGCUUGCAAUGCGGUCACAGUAUCGCUUCUUCAUCUCCAUCCCCAUCCCAAACACCCUGCCACCCGAGAUUGUCCUCAACUUCAUCCAGACAUACACACCAACCCUCCAGAGCAAUCCAGUUAUCGCAGACUUUACGGAGAAGCCCACAGAUAUCAACGGCAUCACCAGCGACCCCUUCUUCGGUCCUCCAGACAACACCCUCCGCACCUUUGAGAUCCACGAAGUCAUCACGCUGGCCCCCGGUCUACGGAAGGAAACGAGGUGGCCGACCGUCUUUCAGUGCACCCCGCAUGGCAUCCGAUCGCGUGCCAACGCUACGGCUGGCAUUGUGGUCUGGGCUGAGUGGGUAGUCCGUCCGCGCCAAGAUUCAUCGUCGGCGGGAUCUCCAAUUGAGGCUGGAAACACUCCCAGUACGGAACGGACGCUGGGGGAGGAGUGGGAGCUGUAUGAGGAGGUGACCAUCGAGGCCAACCGUCUUGUGAUGCCCUUUGUUUCUCGGACGUCGAAUGAUGUGCAUCGUGAAAUUUGUCACAAAGUGUUGGCUGAGGCUAUGAAAGGAUAUGUCAAUUGAAAGCGAUUCUUCACAC